AUGCAGAAUGAUCUCGCUGUAAUGAGAUCUAACUCUUCGUUUGAAAAAUAAGUUCAAAAUUUAUCAGCAAAAGGAGUUGUAAACCCAAAUGGACUAGGCUAUUAUAGAGGCAUUAUAAGUGGUUUCAGUAAAUCAAGAGAGGUAAACAAAAUAAGUAACUAAUCAUCAAUUCAGCAUUAAGGUCAUUUUCAUAUGAACCAAUAAAUGGAAUAGAAUUAUAAACUCCCACAAAUCCCUAUGCAAAAUCAAAUCCUAGGAGUGAGAGGAAUCGCGAGUCCUUAAUCAAACAGUUAAAAAGAAUAAAUAAAUCACAAAUUAAUGAUAAAUCAUAAUAAUAUAAAAAAGAGUACUACUGUCGACAUUCAGCCUGAGGUGAUUUAAUACUAGAGACAAGAUCGAAGAUCUUCAUAAUAAAAGUAAUUUAAGAGUAUAUUUAACAACAAUAGAUACUUCAAUCGAAAAAUCUCGCAAAGUAAUAGUAGUAAUAAUGUUGGAAUCGCAUAGUAUAGCCAAUAAGUAGAGAAAGCCAAUUUAAAGGGAAAAGAGUUUCCUCAAGACAGUUACUUACAAUAUGAAAAAACUAAUAGAGUAACUUCUGAUAAGAAUCUCUCAGGUAAGGAUUCAGGGAAAUUCACGAGCAAUCGAGCAAUGAUUGGAAAUAUAAGCAGUCAGCAUGACAAAAUAAAUCAUCGGGCUCUGAGUGAUGAUUAUUUUCCUGAUGAUUUGAUUGAUAAACUUGAUGAUAAUGAAGACGAUGAUGAUUUUAAAGCAAGUGGAGUAGAAGAAAAUCUUAUGUACUUAGACUAAUUAGGAGGGCCAGAUCAAGGGUAUGAUGAUUAAGAUGAGCCAGAGGAGGAGGAUGAUGAUGUGAUCAAUGAUGAUCAAGUUGUAAUGGAGGAGGAUAAUGAUGAUGAUGAUAUGUCUGAAAGGGAUGUCAAGAGUAAUGUCCAAAAUUCUACAAAAGCAGACGCCUAAAGUAAAACGUCUACCACCGCAUACACUGACAAGGACACAAAAGUUAAGAGGAAAAAGACAUAAGUUAAAAAGAAAUCUGUUGUAAGGAGCAAGAAACAGCCUUAUAACGAAGGAGCUGAAGAAACCAAAAACUGGCUUGCCGAUAGUUAGACUAAUUUUGAUUAGCAGCAAAUAGAAAAUUUUCAAACCAAGAUAUCAUCUGACACAGUUCAACUAAAGCAAAGUUAAAAUGAAAUGUAAAGUACACCAAAUAACAUGAUAGCAUAGGUUGCUAAGCCAAAACUUAAAGAAGCCUUUCUGUAGAGGCCACCUAAUAAUCAAGUAAUGCUUUUGAAAUCCUAGUUCAACAAAAGACCACCAACAAUAUUUUUCCCCUAUCCAUAAUGCUUGAAAAUUAAACGAACAGUAGAUGGAGGUGAGGAUAGAUUUAUUAAACUAACUUAAGAGGAUUUAAAACCUUACUCAGUCCUAGGUUUCAAGAUUAAUGACUCAACUCACACUUAUAACUGUGUAGUGAAUUCACUCAAAUCGGCUGGAUUUAGAUUGGUGAGUGGUUCAGCUUGGAACAUUCUUUGGACAGGAUUAAUAAAGGCUAAUAAGCUAAAGAAUAUAAACUAGUAUCAGAAAAUAAACCACUUUCCUGGUGCCUGGCAUCUUGGGAGGAAAGACAAUAUGUGGAGAAAUGUCUUUAGAAUGAAGAGGGGUUUUGGUUAAGAUUACAAUAUCUGUCCCACAACUUAUAUUUUCCCUGAGGACUAUAAAAGAUGGAUAAAUGAUAGAGAAAUGGAGGGAUAUAAACAUAUGUAUAUUAUGAAGCCAACUGCCUCAAGUUGCGGAAGAGGUAUCAAGGUCAUUGGAAAGAAAUAACAUGUAAAUAAAAGAUCAGGUUAUUUAGUGUCAAAAUAUCUUGCCAAACCUCACUUACUGAGGGGAUUUAAGUAUGAUUUAAGAAUUUAUGUGCUAGUAACAUGCUUUGAUCCAUUAAGAGUAUAUCUCUUUGAAGAGGGUUUGGUAAGAAUGGCAACUUAGUAAUACACAACAGGAAAGGGAUCAUUAUCAAAAAGAUUCAUUCAUCUUACAAAUUUCUCAGUAAACAAAAAAGCGCAAAACUAUGUACCGAAUCAAAAUUAAAAUAUAGAAGCAGCUGGAGAUGAAGCUCCUAAUUCAUCAAAAUGGUGCUUAAAACAGCUUAGACAAGAAUACAGCAAGCUAGGAAUUGAUUUCGCUGAUGUUUUUGAUAGAAUUAAAGAUGUAUUAAUUAAAACUUUAAUUGCAGUCGAGCCACAUAUCGUUACAAACAUGAAAUAAACUAAACAUAGAAACGCUUGUUUUGAGCUUUAUGGUUUUGACAUAAUUUUAGAUGAGAAGCUAAAACCUUGGCUCCUAGAAGUAAAUGUAUGCCCGUCACUAAGUAGUUCAAGUCCAUUAGAUAAAUAAAUUAAAACAAUGCUUUUAAGUGAUAUACUUCAUCUAGUAGGUCCUCAGAUGUAUGAUCGUAAAAAACAUGAAAAAGAAUAAGAGAGAAUCAACAAAUAGAGACUUUUAGGAUUUGAAUCUACUCAGAAAAAGCAGUAGCAAAAUGGUAAAGCAUCAAAUGAUAAAGCUCCAGCACUAGUAAAUGGAAAUAUUAGUCUCAUUUCAUCACCUUAGAAACAAGACAAGUAAUUCUUUGGGGUAUUCAGUAAUUCGCCAGAUAAAUAAAGAAAAAUUAUCCAAUACGCAGAGGAGUUAUGUGAUGAUGAUUAUGAUCUUUUAGCAGAUCUUGAGGAGGAAAAUUCUAGAAGAGGUCAUUUCAAUAGAAUCUUCCCAUUAGCAAGUAAUGUUGAUACUUAUUCAAAAUACUUUGAAUCGUAGCGUCAUGCAAACUAAGUUCUGUGGAACUAUCUUAAACUUGGGGCGCCAGUUAACCUUGUAAAAAGUCACUAUAAAUGA